AUGACACCUCUACCUACGUAUGGCUCUAGUCCAGUGGUACUUCUCACCAACGACGAUGGUCCUCCCUCUUCCUCUUCACCGAACAUAUUCGAAUUUUCCAAACUACUACAAUCUGUACUGGGAUGGCAAGUCAAAGUUGUCAUUCCCGAUUGCCAAAAAUCAUGGGUUGGUAAAGCAUAUGCCAUCAGCGAGGUAGUUGCAGUUCGGUACUUUUACCCUUCAGAACCUGAUGGACUAAAAGGAGAAAUCUCCACUAUUCGUCGACCGCUGAAAGAAGGUGAAUCGAUGGAAUGGGUUCUAAUAUCGGGUACACCUGCAUCAUGUACUAACAUCGCACUUCACAACCUUUACCCAGGAGAGAUAGACCUCGUUAUUUCAGGACCUAAUCAUGGACGUAACUCGUCAGCAGCCUUUUCCCUCUCUUCCGGAACUUUAGGAGCGGCACUUGCGGCUGCUCUUUCUGUUCCUUUACCAGGUCCAUCUUCUGGUCCUUCUUUACAUAUCGACCAUAUCCCCAGUAUCGCAAUUUCUUACGGAGUCGUCGACCGACCGAUACCACCCCGAGCAAUCGAGUUAGCUCAUGAAGCCGCGGUGGAGGUCUGUAAGCGAUUAUGGGAUGAUUGGGGAUAUGAAAGUCUCAAUCCUAGACGGAGAGUGCAGGUGUACUCUGUGAACAUACCUCUCGUGGAGGACAAAUUAGAGACAAUAAAUAGGAAGGUUUGUUGGGCAACUAUGUGGCGGAACACCUACGGGGGUUUAUUCAAGCCUAAUGUCACAGCUAAGACGAAUUUGAGAUCAAACAGAUCUGCUCCUCCUCAAUUAUCAACUACCGCAUCUGCUGGACCAGGUGCUAUGCCAAUAUCAGAAAAGGAGGAACCUGCAACGCCAGUUGAAGACACCGGUCUCACAUUCCACUUUGCUCCUGAUCUGAAACCAUUAUUGUUCACCCCUAUCGAUCAACUACCUGUAGGAACGGACGCUUGGGCGUUUGCGAUGGGUUAUGUGACCGUGACACCUAUUUCUGCGGAGUUUUCAGGUCUGAGCAUAAUAUCUUUGGAAUAA